AUGAAAUUGAAUUUUAAAUAGAAUUUUCAAAAACACAAUGAAAGAUGUGUUUCUUGUUACUGUGGCAGAUGAUCAUGUAACUUUAUAUAUGUAGUAAAGAAAACAUUAUAAACUAAUUAAAGACAAAUAUUACAAUGAUAAGAUUUUGUCAAUGAGUAUUCUCCUAAAAAGAAAUGUCACUUCAAAAAUUUUUAAAAUGCAAAGAGAAGAAAAACAACUGGAUUCAGCUCUGGAAGCUAUUAUUAUGAAAGUAAAUGACUUAAAAACAGCCAUUGCUGCAAUGAUUUACAAAUUGGAACAUGAGUAUGAAACUUUAAAUUGGCCUAACUUCCUUGAUAAUUUUGCACUUAUUUCAGGCCAUUUAACUAGUCUUUCAAAAAUCCUUGGACAUGAUAAAGCACCAAACUUAAGAAAUCUGACAGUUUUACCAUUACGAUUAAGUCCAGAAAAAGAUGAAGAUCUACUUCGUUUAACUGAAAAUAGAAUUUCUACAUUUGCUCAUGAUUUAGUACCAGAUUAUCUACGAACCAAAGUAGAGCCUCAAGCUGAACAAAAGAUGAUGCAGCUUGAAGCAAAAGCUGCAAAUCUAAAUUACGAAACUUCACACGACUGCAAUAAACAAGUGACACAAUACACAAAGGUUAUUAGUCAUGUAUGGGAUAUAGCAAAUAAAGCAAGAGAAGAAUGGGAAAGUGAAUCUGGAUCUAGAGCCGCACAAGCACAAACUAGUAGUACUGCGGAUACUCAUGCUCUUGUAGCAGCUGUGGGCGUUGGUAAAAGUUUAAAGUCUGAUUCGGUUCCAAUGGUUCAGUCUGGUGUAAAUUCUGUGUCGAGUGGAAUGAUGGUAGGUAGGCCCGGAAACCAACAAAGUUCAGGACAAGGAACUAUGGGAAAUUCAUCCAUGGGACAAAUGAGUAAAGCUCCAAGUACAAUUAAAACUAAUAUUAAAGCAGCCUCACAAAUUCAUCCAUAUAGGUAAAAUAUGAACCAUCUUUAGCAACAUUCUAUACUCUUACGUAAUACGUUUCAAAUUGAGAAAAAUGAUUUUUACUUUUUUUUAUAAAAUUACAUAAAUGACUAUUAAAGUAAUUUUAUUUAUGUCGCGUAAAAAUUUGAUACUUACAAUUUAUAACGUUUAUUAUCUUUUUUGUGAUACAAUUGCA